UCGCAGCAUGCCCGCCCGCGCCCCACCGCGCCGCCUGCGGCCGCCGCCGCCACCGUUGCUGCCGCUGCUGCUGCUGCUGUUGGCCCUGGGAGGCUGCCGCCUGUACGCCGACCCGGGCGACGGGGCGCAGACCUGGGCCCGCUUCGCGCAGCCUCCAGCCCCCGAGGCUGCCGGCCUCCUCCACGACACCUUCCCCGACGGCUUCCGCUGGGCCGUGGGCAGCGCCGCCUACCAGACAGAGGGCGGCUGGCGGCAGCACGGCAAGGGCGCAUCCAUCUGGGACACGUUCACCCACCAGCCCCCGGCCCCCGCGGGAGACCCCCCGGUAGCCGGCCUGCCGUCGGGCGCCCGGCCUCCGUCCCCGCCCGCUACCGGGGACGUGGCCAGCGACGGCUACAACAACGUCUUCCGCGACACCGAGGGGCUGCGUGAGCUCGGGGUCACCCACUACCGAUUCUCCAUCUCGUGGGCGCGGGUGCUCCCCAAUGGCAGCGCGGGCGCCCCCAACCGCGAGGGGCUGCGCUACUAUCGGCGCCUGCUAGAGCGGCUGCGGGAGCUGGGCGUGCAGCCUGUGGUCACCCUGUACCACUGGGACCUGCCCCAGCGCCUGCAGGACGCUUACGGCGGCUGGGCCAACCGCGCCCUGGCCGACCACUUCAGGGAUUACGCCGAGCUCUGCUUCCGCCACUUCGGCGGCCAGGUCAAGUACUGGAUCACCAUCGACAACCCCUACGUGGUGGCCUGGCACGGCUAUGCCACCGGGCGCCUGGCCCCUGGCGUCCGGGGCAGCCCGCGGCUUGGGUACCUGGUGGCGCACAACCUCCUCCUGGCUCAUGCCAAAAUCUGGCAUCUCUACAAUACUUCUUUCCGUCCAACUCAGGGAGGCCAGGUAUCCAUUGCACUAAGCUCCCACUGGAUCAAUCCUCGAAGAAUGACCGACCAUAGCAUCAAAGAAUGUCAAAAAUCUCUUGACUUUGUCCUAGGCUGGUUUGCCAAACCCAUAUUCAUUGAUGGUGACUAUCCUGACAGCAUGAAGAAUAAUAUUUCAUCUCUUUUGCCUGAUUUUACUGAAUCUGAGAAAAAGUUCAUCAAGGGAACAGCUGACUUUUUUGCUCUUUCUUUUGGACCAACCUUGAGUUUUCAAUUAUUGGACCCACACAUGAAGUUCCGCCAAUUGGAAUCUCCCAGCCUGAGGCAACUCCUUUCUUGGAUUGACCUUGAAUAUAACCACCCUCAAAUAUUUAUUGUGGAAAAUGGCUGGUUUGUCUCAGGGACCACCAAGAGAGAUGAUGCUAAAUAUAUGUAUUACCUCAAAAAAUUCAUAAUGGAAACCUUAAAAGCCAUCAAGCUGGAUGGGGUAGACGUCAUUGGCUACACAGCGUGGUCCCUUAUGGAUGGCUUCGAGUGGCACAGAGGCUACAGCAUCAGACGUGGGCUCUUCUAUGUCGACUUUCUAAGCCAGGAUAAGAAACUGUUGCCAAAAUCAUCAGCCUUGUUCUACCAAAAGCUGAUAGAGAAAAAUGGCUUCCCUCCUUUACCUGAAAAUCAACCCCUAGAAGGGACAUUUCCCUGUGACUUUGCUUGGGGAAUUGUUGACAACUACAUUCAAGUGGACACCACCCUGUCUCAGUUCACCGACCCGAACGUUUACCUGUGGGAUGUCCACCACAGUAAGCGGCUGAUUAAGGUGGACGGGGUGGUGACCAAGAGGCGGAAGUCCUACUGCGUGGACUUCGCCGCCAUCCGGCCGCAGAUUGCCUUACUCCAGGAGAUGCACGUCUCGCAUUUUCACUUUUCGCUGGACUGGGCCCUGAUCCAGCCGCUGGGCAACGAGUCGCAGGUGAACCACACGGCGCUGCACUACUACCGCUGCGUGGUCAGCGAGCUGGUGCGCGCCAACAUCACCCCGGUGGUGGCGCUCUGGCGGCCCGCCGCCCCGCACCACGGCCUGCCGCCGCCGCUGGCCAGGCACGGCGCCUGGGAGAACCCACGCACCGCCCUCGCAUUCGCCGAGUACGCCCGCCUGUGCUUUCGGGAUCUCGGCCGCCACGUCAAGUUCUGGAUCACGAUGGGCGAGCCGUACACGCGCAACAUGACCUACAGCGCCGGGCACAACCUGCUGAAGGCGCACGCGUUGGCUUGGCGCGUGUACGAUGAGAAGUUCAGGGGCUCUCAGAAGGGGAAAAUAUCCAUAGCCCUGCAGGCCGAUUGGAUCGAACCCGCCUGCCCUUUCUCCCCGAAGGACAAAGAAGUGGCCGAGAGGGUUUUGGAAUUUGACAUCGGCUGGCUGGCCGAGCCCAUUUUCGGCUCUGGGGACUACCCACGUGUGAUGAGAGACUGGCUGGACCGAAGAAACAAUUUCCUUCUCCCGUAUUUCACGGAGGAAGAAAAAAGGCUAAUCCGGGGCUCCUUUGACUUUCUGGCUGUAAGCCAUUACACCACCAUCCUUGUUGACUGGGAAAAAGAAGACCCAGUGAAAUACAACGAUUACCUGGAAGUGCAGGAAAUGACCGACAUCACCUGGCUCAACUCUCCAGGUCAGGUGGCCGUGGUGCCCUGGGGCUUGCGCAAAGUUCUCAACUGGCUGAAGCUGAAGUACGGAGACCUCCCCAUGUAUAUAAUAGCCAACGGCAUAGACGACGACCCGCUCGCAGCCCAAGACAGGCUGAGGGUGUAUUACAUGCAGAAUUAUGUCAACGAAGCUCUGAAAGCCUACAUACUGGAUGGUAUCAAUCUUUGUGGAUACUUUGCUUAUUCAUUUCAUGAUCGCUCAGCUCCGAAGUUUGGCCUCUAUCGUUAUGCAGCAAAUCAGUUUGAGCCCAAACCAUCCGUGAAACAUUACAGGAAAAUUAUUGACAACAAUGGCUUCCCGGGUCCCGAGACUCUGGGGAGAUUUUGUCCAGAGGAAUUCACCCUGUGCUCCGAAUGCAGCUUUUUUCAUACCCGAAAGUCUUUACUGGCUUUCAUCACUUUCCUACUUUUUGCUUUUAUUAUUUCUCUUUCUCUGAUUUUCUACUACUCUAAGAAAGGCAGAAGAAGUUAUAAAUAGUCCUGGACAUUUUCCUAUUCUUUUAUUUUGAAAUAAUUAUGCACAUACAUCAGC